GGCCAGGAGAUGCUAGCGCUGUGAGCAGAGCACAAGAAGAGAGUACCUGGAUCGCGCAUACCUGAGCCCCAAACCCUUCGGAAUUUAGAGCUCUCCAAGUCCCAUCCUGGCCAUGGCUCCUGGAGAGAAGAUUAAAGCCAAAAUCAAGAAGACUCUGCCUGUGACAGGCCCUCAAGCGCCCACCAUUAAGGAGCUGAUGCAGUGGUACUGUCUCAACACCAACACCCACGGCUGCCGCCGCAUCGUGGUCUCCCGCGGCCGCCUCCGGCGCCUCCUCUGGAUUGGGUUCACACUGACCGCCGUGGCCCUGAUCUUCUGGCAGUGUGCUCUCCUCGUCUUCUCCUUCUAUACCGUUUCUGUCUCCAUCAAAGUCCACUUCCAGAAGCUGGAUUUUCCUGCUGUCACCAUCUGCAAUAUCAACCCUUACAAGUACAGUGAGGUGCGCCACCUUCUAGCCGACUUGGAACAGGAAGCCAGAGGGGCCUUGAAGACCCUGUACGGCUUUUCAGAGAUUAAGUCCCGGAAACGCCGAGGGGCAGAGUCCUGGAGUUCAGCCUGGGAGGGCACGCAGCCCAAAUUCCUCAACAUAAUUCCGCUGCUGGCCUUCGAUCAGACAGAGCGGGCCACGGCCACGGACUUCUUUACAGGGCGGAAGCGGAAGGUCAGCGGAAGCAUCAUCCACAAGGCCUCAAAGGUCAUGCACAUCCAGGAGUCCAAGAAGGUGGUGGGAUUCCAACUGUGUUCAAAUGACACCUCCGACUGUGCCACCUACACCUUCAGCUCAGGGGUCAAUGCCAUUCAAGAGUGGUACAAGCUGCACUACAUGAACAUCAUGGCACAGGUGCCUCUGGAGAAGAAAAUCAACAUGAGCUACUCCGCUGAGGAGCUGCUAGUGACCUGCUUCUUUGAUGGCGUGUCCUGUGAUUCCAGGAACUUCACACUGUUCCACCACCCGAUGCAUGGGAAUUGCUACACGUUCAACAACAAAGUAAAUGAGACCAUCCUCAGCACCUCCAUGGGGGGCAGUCAGUAUGGGCUGCAAGUCAUCUUGUAUGUAAAUGAAGAGGAAUAUAACCCCUUCCUGGUGUCCUCCACUGGGGCGAAGGUGAUUGUCCAUCAGCAGGAUGAAUAUCCCUUCAUCGAGGAUGUGGGAACAGAGAUUGAGACGGCAAUGGCUACCUCCAUGGGAAUGCACCUGACGGAGUCCUUCAAGCUGGGUAAACCAUACAGUCAGUGCACGGAGGACGGCAGUGAUGUGCCAGUCAAGAACAUCUAUAAUGCCGCCUAUUCCCUGCAGAUCUGCCUUCACUCGUGCUUCCAGGCGAAGAUGGUGGAGGUGUGUGGGUGCGCUCAGUUCAGCCAGCCUCUGCCUCCGGCAGCUAACUACUGCAACUACCAGCAGCACCCCAACUGGAUGUAUUGCUACUACCAGCUGCACCGAGCCUUUGUCCAGGAAGAGCUGGGCUGCCAGUCUGUGUGCCGGGAAGCCUGCAGCUUUAAGGAGUGGACGCUGACCACCAGCCUGGCACAAUGGCCAUCUGUGGUUUCGGAGAAAUGGCUGCUGCCUGUUCUCACUUGGGAUAAAGGCCAGCAAAUAAGCAAAAAGCUCAACAAGACAGACUUGGCCAAACUCUUGAUAUUCUACAAAGACCUGAACCAGAGAUCCAUCAUGGAGAGCCCAGCCAACAGUAUCGAGAUGCUUUUGUCCAACUUUGGUGGUCAGCUGGGCCUGUGGAUGAGCUGCUCUGUCGUCUGCGUCAUUGAGAUCAUUGAGGUCUUCUUCAUUGACAUCUUCUCUAUCAUUGCCCGUCGACAGUGGCAGAAAGCCAAGGAGUGGUGGGCACGGAAGAAGGCACCCCCCUGUCCCGAGGCUCCCCCAAGUUCUCUGGGCCAGGACAAUCCAACUCUUGAUAUGGACGAUGACCCACCCACUUUCACCUCUGCUUUGAGCCUGCCUCAAGCCCCAGGGGCUCAGGUGCCUGGAACUCCGCCCCCCAGAUACAACACCUUACGCUUGGAAAGGGCCUUCUCCAACCAGCUCACAGAUACCCAGGUGCCUGAUGAAGCCUGAGGCAGAGAUGGGAAGAAAGAUCUAGCCAGGACUACCAGCCAUGGGCUGAGGACUUAAACCCUGUCUCUCAGACACAGAGGGGCCCUUCUACCUCUGCUCUAGGCUUUUCAGAGACACUGGCUGAAAGUCUGCUUUGAACAAGACAAGGCCUAUGCACGUGCAGAGCUGGCACCCAUCGGGCGCUGCCCAGCAACACUCACAGCUGUCCAGGACGAAGUAUAUCCUGCAGCCUUCCCAGUGCAUCUGCUAGAGAUGGACUGAGGACACAGUAUGGCCUGGGUGAGGCCAGACAGAGCUCUUCGCUGUGCCUUGAGAAAGACUCCUCCAGAAACCCAGCCGAGGUGUCACCCACUCCUCCAGCUGGACUGGGGCCCAAGGAUGUGACCUUAGGUAUCAAGACCUGACCACUACUGCUGGAUGCCAAAGAUAGGAAGAAGCAGCUGGAGCCGGAGCUGUUUGUGAAUAAACUGCUUCUGUCAUUGACAUUGAGGCAAGGCCUCCUCUGUGCCUUAGGCAGGAGGCUGGCCCAACGCCCUUAGAGUAUGGGGGGAGGGCUAUGGCAUGGGGUGGGGUGUGGCCAUGUUCUGAGCAGCUAAGGCAGAGAAGCUAAAGGCAUUGCUGGAUGUUCCUAUCCAAUGGUAGAGCAAGGCGUAAAGGACACUGUCCCAAUGCUCUCCACUGCUCUUCCUACUGACCAGCGUAGGCACCACUCGGAGACAGCCCCUUCACCACUAGUGGCCUGUCCACCAGCAAGCCGACCACUGCAGACAGCUGGCUUCACACCAUCUUCAGAUCUUCCGACUGAUAAUAGGGAACACAAUUAAUAAGCACAUCAUUGAUGUUCAAUGUCAGCACAAGAUGAGGGGGUUGGGAACCGUUCUGAGCACUUUAAUUAGCACAGGGGAUAGGAAACAACGGCCUGCAGGCCAAAUCCUAGUUUUGUUUGUGUGCUAAAAAAAUAUUUUUUCACUUUUAAAUAGCUAAAAAUAAAAUACCAAAAGAAGAAUAUUGUGUGACUUAAGAAAAUUAUAGGAGUUUCAAACUGCAUUGUCCAUAAAUAAAGUUUUAUUGGCUU